UUAGCACUCAUUCAGACGAAGCAUGUCAUUGCACGUUUGCAAAAGCUCUAUCCAAAAAAGAAAUUCGAGAUCCAUACCAUGUCGACUAUCGGCGAUCGGGUACUCAACAUAUCACUGCCGAAAAUCGGAGAGAAAAGCCUUUUUACACGCGAUCUGGAAGAUGCGCUGCGCAAUGGUGGCGUAGAUUUUGUAGUACAUUCGUUAAAGGAUCUACCUACUGCUUUGCCUACGGGCAUGGCAAUUGGCGCCGUACUUGAACGAGAAGAUGCUAGAGAUGCCUUGGUGCUGCGAGAAGACUACAAGGGUCAUACAAUUGAAACGCUGCCCGAGGGUUGUGUUCUAGGCACUUCUUCGUUGCGCCGCACUGCUCAAAUUCGUCGUCAGUAUCCCCAUCUGACCGUUUGCGAUAUACGCGGCAAUUUAAACACGCGCUUAGCCAAAUUGGAUGCACCCAAUUCGAAAUUCGCCGGCAUAAUACUAGCACAAGCCGGACUUGUUCGCAUGGGCUGGGAUAGCCGCAUUAGCCAAGUACUCGAACCGACUGAUUUGCUUUACGCAGUUGGGCAAGGCGCUCUGGCGGUCGAAUGUCGCGCCAAUGAUCUAGAAGUGCUGGGCAUGUUGCGAAGUUUAAUGUGUCUUUCGACAACCUGCCGCAUACUGGCCGAACGCAGCUUCCUGAAAACUUUGGGUGGAGGUUGUAGUGCACCUGUUGCGGUUUGGAGUAAUUUAGAUGGCGAUCUAUUGGAAACAAAUGCAAAUCAUGCCAGUAGUGCGCUUUCAUUGGUAGGUGCCGUCUGGAGUUUAGAUGGCUCCACAGAAAUACGUGACAAAAAGGCCUGUACGUUUGCCAUUGUUGAAGUAAAUAAGAAAGAGCAUGCCGACAAUGGUAAUUUGGUGCAAGAAAAUGAAGACGACGACGAUAGCAGCGAUCAACCGCCUACUAAACGACGGCGAAGCAAUGAGUCCGGUAGUCCAGUGCUGCAACAUAGUCCGCCCGUUAUUAACGACGAUGCCGAAGCGGAGAAGGUAGCCGGUGCCUUUAAUAUGGGGGAAAUUAUUGAAAAGCACAUCAGCCUAGCACAGCAUUGUCCAGUAAUAAGCGCUGACUUGAAUAAGAUUGACACCAUUGGCAAUGCCGGAGAUGCCAAUGGCAAUAGUAAUGUAAAUUUGGAUCUGCGUGCCGGUGGCGAUUCCAAUGUGAACAAUCCACAUUGUCCGCUGAAAAUGAAUGUGGGUCAAGACUUCAUGGGUGAAUGCCCAUUUGUGAGUAAAGAAGAAAAGGUAGCAUUAGCUACCGCGGGGAAAUGUCCCGUAACAAAUGAGCUUGCAAACAAGCAGUAUGAUGAAACCGACAAUGCUGCCAUUGCGGCAGUGCCAUCUACCUCAAAAUGCCCGUUCGCCAGCAUGCAUGGCGGCGCAAAUGGCAACGAAUACUCAGCCAGCGCAGCAGACGCUGUAGCCGGCAAAUGCCCGUUCCUACAGAAAACCGUUAAGAUGUUUGAUUACGCAGAUGAAGAGAAGCCACAGCCGAAGUCAGUGCCGGUGUUGAUCGAAGAUGUGGAGAAUCUUUAUUGUGGUUUGUACCAGCAUGCGUGUUACAAUCGAGAAUUGUAUAUACGAAGUAAUGCUCUGGGACAGCAACUUGCUGAGGAGCUGAUUAAGAAAGGUGCCUUAGAAGUUAUGAAGUGCGCACAAGCGGAGAUACAUAGCAAAGCAUAGAGGGGAAAAAGCUAGGUCUUGUUCGAGUUGCAAUCACAACCGCAGUGUUGCAACAGUCCUGCAAAUUUUCAUCAGCGCUACAGUGUUGCUGCUUUAAUUACGUGCCUCGAACAGGCCUCUAUUUAGACACGAGCGGUUUCGUACUAGAGUAGGAAAUGUUUUUUUUUCCUUAAUUUUUUGCUUGUUUCUCCAUGACAUCUACAUUUAGCAAUGUAAUCUAAAAGUAAUGGUUUUUUUUUUGAAGAAGUUUAAAUUGGUCAGUAAAUAUUAUUAUAUAGUCAUAAAAAAGACAAUAAAACAAAGUUUAUCAUAGUGAGGAAUUGUGGACAAUUUUUUCCCAUUUGUUAAUUGCAAUUUUUUAGCUUUUUUAUGUUUGUGUAAUUAUUUGUUGAACGCUCUUUAGUCCGAAGUUUAUUAUUUUUUUUAUUGUACCUAGUUGUUAAAACAUUUGUAAUACACAUUAGAUAAUGGCUUUGCAAAGGUGGCAUGUAAACGAGAUGGAUUCAUUUUGUUGAACA